CAAACUCAAGAAUCAAAUCUUUCUCAGUACCACCUCGCAUACGGAUUACCUGGCAAAAAUAGAUUCGGCUUGUCAAGUCCUGAACACACGGCUCCGCAGUCUCUCAUCAUGGGCUAUCGGAAGACCGGCCCUAAGGAAUACAAGGUGUCAGCUGCCGACUCCACAGAGGCCCGAAGAACGAACACAUCUGAGUUUUACGUCGAAUGGAGUGGGCACAAGAUCGAACAUCUCCAGAGGUUUUAUGCCUUUGCGCAACAGCUGCGUCCUCGAGCACCGAAGAUAUGGCUGGCUGGCGAUUCUUCACUCGAUAACAAGUAUUGGGUACCAGGCUCAGGACCAGGGGGAGAUCCAUUAGACGUCUCAGUCCCGGAGAUCUACCAUCUAGCGCUCAGCAGACCGACUCCGAAACCAGACGUCUCGUUCUGGAUGAACCAUCUAUAUGGCGAAAAAGCGACUUGUAUCAACACAGCAAUCGAGGCUUCCAUGUUGCGAGAACGCGACCAGAUCUUACUCCCACAAGACGUAUUCAUACGCGAGCAUAUCGGGAAAGACGACGUGCUAAUUGUGAGCGUGGGAGGCAACGACAUUGCGAUGAAACCAACUCCCACGACGGUCUUUCAGAUGCUUCGAAUCGCGUGGUUCAAUGGGCUAUCAUCCAUCCAGAGCGGUACGGCUGGUGGGCUACCGUAUUUCGAAUCGAUAUUCAAGGAAAAGACGGAAGACUACAUCAAGCGUCUUGUUUCCGUCACAAAACCACGUGCAGUGAUCGUGUGCAUGAUCUACUUCCCACUGGAGUCGAAGUAUGGCCAGGAAAGCUGGGCUGAUAUUUCGCUGAGAUUGCUGGGGUAUGAUCGGUGGCCGGGCCAACUGCAAUCAGCGAUCCGGCAGAUGUUCGAGUUGGGAACGCGUAAGGUGCAGGUAGAUGGGACAAAGGUGAUACCGUGCGCGCUAUACGAAGUGAUGGAUGGCAGCCGGAAGAAAGAGUACACCGCGAGAGUAGAGCCGAACGAGGUAGGAGGCAGGAAGAUGGCCGAGAGGUUCAAAGACAUCCUGGAUCAGGAGUUGACGGGUAUUUGGGGAACGCGGGAUUCUGUUCCAGACCCCAUCUAG